CUACCAGCUGUUUCUAUGAGCUUCAAGAAUUCCAGUCACCCACCUUCUUCCAUUCCACCCCCUGCACCUAAAAGAGGAGGUACAAAGGUUGGGAGUUUCCCCAAAGGACAGGGGAUAUUGUAUAUAAAUAUGUGAAGCACUACCAUAUCAAUCAGAGAAGAAAGGACAAGAACCAGAUCUGGACAGACAUAGACCUACAUUCAUUCUUUUCCAGGAUGAUGUCCAGCAAGAUUGUAGCCACUAUGCUUGUGAUGUACAUUGCAACCAUGCUUGCUGCCCAGACAGAAGGGUUUGUCCCCAUUUUUACCUAUAGUGAUGUCCAGAGAAUGCAGGAGAAGGAAAGGGAUAAAGGGCAAAAGAAAUCUCUGAGUGUGCAGCAGAGAUCAGAAGAGGGGGAUCCUGUGGUUUCUGUGAACUUUAAGAAUGAGGAAGAGAAUAAAAUGAUCAAGCUGACUGCUCCUGUAGAAAUUGGAAUAAGGAUGAACUCCAGGCAGCUGGAAAAAUAUCAGGGCGUCCUGGAAGAGCUGCUGACUGAGGUGCUGCUGUCCACCCAGAAUGGCUGACAGAAGAGUUGACAAACAUCUCUUGGUUCACUCUGCAGUGAACUGAUGGACUCUGCCACAGAAAAAUGUGGACAAAAUCUCUUGUUCUAGAAAUUCAACAAUGAAGCCAUGAACAGGUGCCUCACUCACUCCUGGAUUUCAAUUCAAGAAGAAAAUAGACAAUCCAAAACAAAUCUUACUUUAAUGAAUAAAAUGUGAAGUUUA